CACUUACCACCCCGCCAAGCUAACUUUAUGACAUUACCUAAGAUACCUUACUGAACACUUCGAUCCCACCCUAGAUAUCAUCCCAUACCUAGGUAUCAAAUUGAACUUCUGUGCGACUCACAGAAAGGGCAGAAUAUCACCACCGCUGCCUCUCGAACCGUCAACCAGAUCUCGCUAUGGUUCUUCAAGACCUCGGGCGACGCAUCAGCGGCGCCUUACAUGAUGCCACGAGAGCCCCCAAUCUCGACGAGAAGGCCUUCAAGGCCAUGCUCAACGAGAUAUCCGGCGCCCUCCUCGAAGCCGACGUCAAUGUAAAGCUCGUGAGCCGACUCAAGAACUCCAUCAGUACCACCGUCAACUUUAAGGAUCUCCCACCCGCCGUCAACAAGAAGCGCCUAAUCCAGAAGACCGUCUUCGAUGAACUCGUUAAACUCGUCGAUCCCCAUGCCGAACCCUUCAAGCCCAAGAAGGGCAAGUCGAACGUCAUCAUGUUCGUUGGUCUACAAGGUGCCGGAAAGACCACCACAUGUACCAAGCUCGCCCGCCACUACCAAGCGCGAGGCUUCCGAGCCUGUCUCGUUUGCGCCGACACAUUCCGAGCCGGUGCCUUCGAUCAAUUAAAACAAAAUGCCACAAAAGCCAAGAUCCCCUACUACGGUUCCCUCACCGAGACAGAUCCCGCCAAGGUGGCGCGCGAAGGUGUCGAUAAGUUUAAGAAGGAGCGCUUCGAGGUCAUCAUCGUCGAUACCUCCGGUAGGCAUAGACAAGAGUCAGCCUUGUUCCAGGAGAUGAUGGAUAUCCAGGACGCUGUCAAGCCCGACGAGACGAUCAUGGUGCUCGACGCUUCAAUAGGUCAACAAGCAGAAGCUCAAGCAAAGGCAUUCAAGGAGGCUGCAGAUUUUGGAGCGAUUAUUAUUACUAAGACCGACGGUCACGCGAGCGGAGGUGGUGCCAUAUCCGCCGUCGCAGCUACCCAUACACCGAUUGUGUUCAUCGGUACAGGAGAACACAUGCUAGAUCUGGAACGAUUCGCACCACAACAGUUCGUCAACAAAUUAUUAGGCAUGGGUGACAUGGCAGGCUUAGUAGAGCACGUCCAAUCGCUCAAAUUAGACCAAAAGGAGACGAUAAAGCACAUCACAGAGGGCAUAUUCACAAUAAGAGAUCUCCGCGAUCAACUCAGCAACAUUAUGAAAAUGGGUCCCUUAUCCAAGAUGGCAGGGAUGAUUCCCGGCAUGUCAAAUCUACCCGGUAUGGCCGGCAUGGACGACGACGAGUCGAGCGCCCGGUUAAAACGCAUGAUCUACAUAUGCGACAGCAUGACCGAGAAAGAACUCGACAGCGACGGCAAGAUGUUCAUCGAACAGCCCACGCGCAUGACGCGCGUGGCCUGCGGCAGCGGCGUCAGCGUGCGCGAAGUCGAGGACCUCCUGUCGCAGCAGCGCAUGAUGGCCGGCAUGGCGAAGAAAAUGGGCGGCAGCAUGAAGAACAUGCAGAAGGCGCAGCAGGCCAUGGGCGGCGGCAACAAAGCGCAGCAGAUGGCUGCCAUGCAGAAGAGGUUGCAGAGUAUGGGCGGUGCGGGAGGCGGCGGUAUGCCGGAUAUGGCGAGCCUUGCGCGCAUGUUUGGAGGUGGUGCGGGUGGUGGAUUGCCGGGCGGUAUGGAUAUGCAGAAGAUGAUGGAGAGUAUGGGCAUGGGUGGUAUGAUGGGUGGUGGUGGAGGGCGCGGAAGACGGUGAUCGCUAUCGAGCGUGAAAAUAAAGAAAUGAGAAAAAAGAAAAAUAUUUCAAACU